UGACUGGCGCAGCAGAUGGACAGGCCCCUGCCUCUCCCAUGGUCUCUCUGCCAGGAUGGCCCUGGGGCAGCUCAAGAGGUGAAUCAGGGGAACAUGCCGGGCAUCCAGAGCACCUUCCUCGCCAUGGACACAGAGGAGGGCGUGGAGGUGGUGUGGAAUGAGCUGCUCUUCACCGACAAGAAGGCCUUCAAAGCACAUGAGGAGAAGAUCAAGACUAUGUUUGAGCAGCUGGUGCUUGUGGAUCACCCCAACAUCGUCAAGCUUCACAAGUACUGGCUGGAUGUGAAGGACUCGAAGGCGCGGGUCAUCUUCAUCACAGAGUACGUGUCCUCGGGGAGCCUGAAACAGUUCCUGAAGAAAACCAAGAAAAACCACAAGGCCAUGAAUGCCAGGGCCUGGAAGCGCUGGUGCACCCAGAUCCUCUCUGCUCUCAGCUUCCUGCACUCCUGUGAGCCUCCCAUCAUCCAUGGCAACCUCACCAGCGACACCAUCUUCAUCCAGCACAAUGGCCUCAUAAAGAUUGGUUCGGUCUGGCACAGAGUGUUUGCCAACGCCCUCCCGGAUGACCUGCGGAGCCCCAUCAGGAUCGAGAGGGAAGAGCUUCGCAACCUGCAUUUCUUCCCCCCGGAGUACGGCCAAAAGGCUGAUGGGACUGCUGUGGACAUCUUCUCCUUUGGGAUGUGUGCACUGGAGAUGGCUGUGCUGGAGAUCCAGACCAACGGGGACACGCGGGUCUCGGAGGAGGCCAUCAUGCGGGCACGGCAUUCCCUGGACGAUCCCAACAUGCGGGAAUUCAUUCUCUCGUGCUUGACCCUUAACCCGGACAAGCGACCGACAGCCAAUAGCCUGCUCUUCCACCGGGUGCUCUUUGAGGUCCAUUCCCUCAAGCUGCUGGCCGCGCACUGCUUUAUCAACAACCAGUAUCUGAUGCCGGAGAACGUGGUGGAGGAGAAGAUAAAGGAACUGGACCUGAACAUGGUGAUGGCAGAGAUCCGGAGAGAGGGUCGGCCUGGAGCGCAGUGGAGGUACUCGGAGGUCUCGUUCCUUGAACUCGACAAAUUCUUGGAAGAUGUCAGGAAUGGGAUUUAUCCCCUGAUGAACUUCGCUGUUUCCAGACCGCACGCCCUCCCACGUGCGCUCUCCCAGCCCCAGGAGGACCCUCAGAAAGCCAAGACUCCCACCCCAGAGCCCUUUGAUGUGGAGACCAGGAAGGUGGUGCAAAUGCAGUGUAACAUGGAGCUGAAUGAAGACAAGACCCAGUGGCAUCUCACUCUCCUGCUCAUCCUGGAGGACAAGCUGCAUCGACAGCUGAGCUACGACUUGCUGCCCACCGAUAACUCCAAGGACUUGGCCACGGAGCUGGUGCAUUACGGAUUCAUCCAUGAGGACGACUGUGAAAAGCUGGCUAACUUCCUGGAAAACGCCUUCCACAAGUACCGGUCUCCUCCCUUGUGAGUCACCUCGCUGUGGUCUGGGACGGAGCGGUCCCCUGUGCUGUGGGGGACGGGGAGCCUGGACCAGACUGGAAGAAAGCGGGGGGCUCCUGACCGACCUUCCUCCAUCAGGCCCGAGCCUUCGCUGUCCACGGGAGGCACGUGCCCGAGCUGAGGUGGGAAAAGCCAACAGCGAGCGGAGGAGGAAUCAGCAAACACGAGACAUUACAUGUGCAUCACGAGAAGCUGGGGCCGAGCAGGAGCACAUGUUCUGGUCCCCAUUCCCGAAGCAGUACCCCAAAGGGACCUGUGAGGUGCAGGGGAGCCCCCCCUGCAGCCCCUUCCUGAUGGCGUUUUGAAGAUGCAAAGCUGUUGCAAGAAUCCCCCAAACUGACAAAUUUCCCUCUGGGAGUGAUGAGCUUUUUUCAGUGCAGGUCCCAAAGCUGUUUUUUCCCCUCUUUGCUGGCUGGUGACACCCACAGAGGAGAGGAGAGGAGCGGGCUGGGAGACCUCUGGCAGUUUCUGAUCUGCCACAUCCUGUUCUUUACCCCUAGUUUCUCCUGUUUCAUUAAGGUUUCCCCAGCACAGAUGAACCGCUGUGAUGCCUUGUAAUUAGAAUUGCACAUCUUGGUGUAAGCUGAACAGAGGACUUUAUGAGUUGGACUUGAGAAGAAACCCCAGAAAUCCAAACCCACCAGCUGGAUCCAGACCUGUGGAUCAGCAGAAACCUCACUGGUGCUGAACAGAACCCUUACCAUGCCCCACUUUGUCUUACGGCCUUCCAAAAAUCUCAUGGCAUCUUAAGGGGGAAAACCCCCGGUGCCUCUUCCUUCCCUGUUUCUCCUGUAGCGCUUGGGACUUCAUUACUGUGGAGAAAGGGGCCAUCGCUGUAGCUGCUGCGUGUGUCGGGCUCAGUGGGUGAAGUGUGCAAAUAGGAAUUAUUUGUGUCGCGAAAGCCGUGCCGUGCUGCUUCCUGCUGUUCACGCUGUGCCUGCGCCGUGCUGUGCCGGGUCCUCCCCGUGGCUCUGCCUUACGCUGCCUGCGCUUUGCCGUGCUGCUCCGGCCGUGCCGGGUUCCCUGCGCUGCGCUGCCCAUCGUGCCGUGUUUCCAGGCUGCGCUCUGCUCUGCCAAACUGACAGGUCAAUAAAGCCACUGAAAGCAGCUUGUCUCAGCAAAA